CAGACUUCGUUGUCUGGAGGAGAGGGAGAGAUAAAAUCCUCUGGAAGACACAAUUUCUGCUGACUUUCUAAGUGACCAUGAAAACCGCCAUCCAAGUCUCAUUCAUACUCCUAUUAGUAACUAUUUCUGAAUGUGCGGUGAUCACUGGGGCCUGUGAAAGAGAUCUACAGUGUGGAGCGGGUACCUGCUGCGCCAUCAGUCUGUGGCUCCGAGGGCUCCGGAUGUGUACCCCGCUGGGGCAGGAAGGAGACGAAUGCCACCCUGUUAGCCACAAGGUCCCUUUCUUUGGGAAACGCCAACACCACACGUGCCCCUGCCUGCCAAACCUGCUGUGCUCCAGGUUCAUAGAUGGCAGAUACCGGUGUUCGAUGGACUUCAAGAACAUAGACUUUUAGGAGUCAGCUUAUUCCAAGGGUUCCCUCCUCUGUUGCUUCUCAAACACAUCCAGGCCCAUUCCUGCUCUUGGACAAUUCCCUCUUUCCCCUCCACAGCACCCACAGUCAAAGCCAAAGCCUCCUCCCCAUAGAGAACACA